AUGGGUCAACAGUGUUGGGAGACCAUUGAAGGGGUUACAGGGAGAGGGAAGGCGCCUGAUUGGCAAGAUUUUGUGGGUAUCAUUACCUUGCUUGUCAUCAAUUCAACUAUCAGUUUCAUUGAGGAGAACAAUGCUGGUAAUGCUGCAGCAGCUCUCAUGGCUCGGCUCGCUCCAAAAGCAAAGGUUCUUCGAGAUGGUAGGUGGAGUGAGCAAGAUGCUGCGGUCCUGGUUCCUGGUGACAUAAUCAGCAUCAAGCUUGGUGAUAUUAUUCCAGCUGAUGCUAGGCUUCUUGAAGGGGAUCCUUUGAAAAUUGAUCAAUCUGCACUUACGGGUGAAUCACUGCCAGUGACAAAGGGUCCAGGCGAUGGUGUUUAUUCUGGUUCUACCUGCAAACAAGGAGAGAUUGAAGCUGUGGUCAUUGCUACCGGUGUUCAUACCUUCUUUGGUAAAGCUGCUCAUCUUGUGGAUACUACCAAUCAAGUUGGACACUUUCAAAAGGUCUUGACUGCAAUUGGGAACUUCUGCAUAUGUUCAAUUGCUGUGGGGAUGGUAAUUGAGAUUAUUGUUAUGUAUCCUAUCCAAGAUCGGCCGUAUCGUCCUGGAAUUGAUAACCUCCUUGUGCUUCUUAUCGGAGGAAUUCCAAUUGCCAUGCCGACAGUUUUAUCUGUGACCAUGGCCAUUGGUUCUCACAGGCUAUCUCAGCAGGGAGCUAUCACAAAGAGAAUGACAGCCAUUGAAGAGAUGGCAGGCAUGGAUGUGCUUUGCAGUGAUAAGACUGGGACUCUGACAUUAAAUAAGCUUACUGUUGACAAAAAUCUUGUUGAGGUUGGCGCUAUUUGGCCUGCCGGGUUGGCGGGCUUGGCGGGGCGGGCUUGGCGGGUUAGCGGGCUAAAAUGCUGGGUCCGGCCUGCCAAUUUUUGGCAGGCCAGCGGGCCGGCCCGCGGGCCACGACCCAUUUUGCCAUCCCUAGUUUUAAUGUUCUAA